UAUAGAGGACCAGUCCAAAUCAUAUCCAAAUCCAACCCCGAAGCGAUACGCAACCCAGAUUUCCAAAGUUAUAGACAGAAGAAUAGAAUAUGAAGAGAGGAAGAGAGGAAGAGAGGAAGAGAGGAAGAGAGGAAGAGAGGAAGAGAGGAAGAGAGGAAGAGAGGAAGAGAGGAAGAGAGGAAGAGAGGAAGAGAGGAAGAGAGGAAGAGAGGAAGAGAGGAAGAGAGGAAGAGGAAGAGAAAGUAAGAGGAAGAGGAAGAGGAAGAGGAAGACAGUAAGACAGUAAGACAGGAAGAGAAAGUAAGAGGAAGAGGAAGAGGAAGAGGAAAGAAGAAUAGAAAAAGGAUCUU